AUGGCACUUCUGACCACUCCCACCUAUCGAGACGUCUUGAGAAAUGAUUUACCCAAGGCCUUGCAAGAUGACUUGCCAGCCGACUUGGUUAUCCUCCAAUGCAUUGCGCCAAAAAAGUCUCCUAAGGGCACACAAUGUCGACGCACUAUCGGCCGGGAGCAUGUUGUCAAAAUCCAAGCACUCCUCAACCGGCCCAUGACUUACCUAGAAGGUGAUCAAGACAAGAGCUAUGCUGUGCUCGAGGAGCUCGUUAAUCUCUGCGUCCACUCUGGUAAUAAACAUGGAGAACGUGGCCGUGACAAAGUCGAAAAGGUGGUCGAAAAAUAUCGCGAGGCGAUUGACCAGCACUUAGAGGCUAAGAAAUGUGAGGGGAAUGUAAUGGCUGUUCCUGAGCUUGCCACGAUGCCAAAGGAAAGCUUUGUUGAAGCAGAACCCCUUCUCGUCACCCAUCUCAGCUGCACUGAGGUUACUAUGGCCAUCAAGGCCGAAGGGGUGACCUACCCUGCCUUGCCCACCACCCACACUUUCUUCAUCGAGGACAAAGAAGAAAUCGCUGCUGUUGGCUCUUCUAAUGAGGCUCAUCCUCUACUCCAACCUAAAAAUACCCCAUCCCGACCCCUCACCAACCCAUCUUCACCACUCCUCUGCAAACCCCUCAUCCAGCAAUCAAAUCCCAUCUCAAACACCUUACCAUCCAACCCACUUCUUUCGCUUAUCCUCAAUACUCUACAACAUUUAUUUGUGGGGUUCAUCUCACUGGUCCAAGUUGGAUGGGGCCAUGUACCGGUUGAGACUACUUCCGGGGAGAUUAAGAACAAGUCGGUGGUUGAUUUGAAGGUCCUGCUUGGCAUGAGAAUAACCACUGAAUUGGUUCCGGUCUUGCUUGUUAUUGUAUUAUGUGGGCUGUAUUAUCAAGCGUGUAAUAUUUUGAGCUUAUUGGGUCCUUAUGUUCUUGUUUCUGCUGUGGUCUUUUCGUUGUCGCGUUGGAAUUCUCCAGGAUCGGAGAUUGUUGUUUGA